UCUCGCAGUCCCUUCGCAGUAAACCAUCUGAGAGAAACUCUAGCUAGGAGCUAGCCAUGGCCUCCACCACGAGAUUCCUGGCCAUGAUCAUGGCGUGCACGCUCCUCACGAGCACGACGUGCCAUGCCGCUCGCCACUUGGCUGACACCACCCCGGUGGCUGCCCCACCCGCUGCGGCAGCUGUCCCUGGCCUCCCGGCCAUGCCGACUACGCCGACUGUGCCCACCGUGCCGCAGGUGACACUGCCUCCCAUGCCGGCUAUUCCUGCGGUGCCCAAGGUGACGAUGCCCCCAAUGUCAGCCAUCAUCGUGCCUAAGGUGACCAUGGCACCGAUGCUCGCCGUCGUUGUGCCUAAGGUGACGAUGCCGCCGAUGUCCGCCAUUCCUUCCAUGCCCAAGAUGACACUGCUGUCGAUGCCUUCUAUCCCGACCGUCAACGUGCCUAUGCCAUUCCCGGCGCCACCUCCAUCAACUUAG